UUCCGUGGAAAAAGAGACCCCGAAACCCGAAAAUUUCCUUCAAUUUCUCCCAAUUUUCCUUCUUACCAAACACUCCACCUUUCAAAACCCUAAAUCCUAAUUCCAACCAUGUCGAUUACACCAUCCUCCGCCACAACUCCUUCCUCAUCUUCCUCUCAGUUCACUUACCAAACGACAACGAACCCUUCCUAUUUUCCCUUGCCGUUUCAUCUCCAACAACAGGCCCAACCUUAUGCCCCUCCGGCCCAGCCUGUCCCGAUCGCCCCAGCCCCUGUCUUUCCCGCCCCGGUCGCCCCCGGCGUUUAUUCUCUCCCUCAAUACCAACAGGCUCAACAGUUAUUUCAAAGGGAUGCUCAGAUAGUUACCCCUGAGGCACUGGAGAGCGUAAAGGCUGCACUUGCAAGCAGUGAGAUUGAACACAAAGCAGAAACUAAAAAGAAAGCGAUGCCACGUAAAGCUGCUGGUCAGUCGUGGGAGGAUCCAACACUUGCGGAAUGGCCAGAAAAUGACUUUCGCCUAUUUUGUGGUGAUCUUGGUAAUGAGGUGAAUGAUGAUGUUCUUUCAAAAGCUUUUGCAAGAUUUCCUUCAUUUAACAUGGCCAGAGUUGUUAGAGAUAAACGGACGGGCAAAACGAAGGGCUAUGGCUUUAUUAGCUUUGCUAACCCUUCUGACCUUGCAGCUGCACUUAAGGAGAUGAAUGGUAAAUAUGUUGGAAAUAGACCAAUCAAGCUUCGCAAAAGUAACUGGAAGGAGAGGAUAGAUCGAGAGGCCCUUGAGAGGCAGAAGAACUAUAAUCAGAAAAAGCCAAAGCCGCAAAAGAAAGGGAUAUUUCAUAAGUGAGCGGCUGACCAAGCUUUUUGCCUUUUCUUGGAUCAGAACGACCACCAACUGACCCCGUAUAAUUGCACCAUGAGAUAAUGCAUAGAUUUCAUUCCAAUGUUAAAAUCGGUGGUUGUAGGAUAAUGAGAGACUUUAUUCUAAGAGAAUCGAGCAAGCAAAUACAAGCAUCAAAAAGCUUAUUAUCUGCAUCAUAUGUAAUAAGGAACAUACUGCUUAUAUGCUAUCUUUUUUUUUUUUUUUUAACAAAUAGAAA